UGAGGCCACCCCCAGCCCGCAACUCACACCGCCGUGCCUGUUUGCGCGAUGGGCUCAAGUGGCUGGAGGGCUUGGCCUACCUAUUGUCCAUCAUGACAGCAAUGAUGCACCUGUUGCCUCAUCCGAAGCCGCCCAGUCCUGCUUCUUUGAAGCUGAACGGAAGGACUUUAUCCUGGCCAAUCGAAUCCUCUUCCAUCGCCUAGUCGGCCAAGUCAUGCCCCUCGAGACAAUUGCUGACGACGUGCUUGAUGCUAUAUAUGGUCAAGAACAAGAACAGGUUGAAAUGUUGUGGAGCACGCUCCUCUGGGAAGUUGCCAUCCGAAAGCAGUACUGGUUUGACGUUUCGACUCAGUCGCUCCCGCAUGUGAUACAGAUCAACUGCGGUGGCCUCGGAGGCAAUUCACUAGACAGCCCGAUUCCUCCGCACUUCCACUGCACAAGCCCUCCCGUUAGUGGAUGUUGCGUGUACGGACCCUCAUUGUCGCCAGCUGACUGCACAGAAAGUACCCGAACGGGAGUAGCUGCAGGUCACACGACCAGCUUACACGAGCUCGCCACUCUCAUGCUGCUGCGCUCUUCAAGUGUGGUGAUUUGUUGGGUGCUGUGUUCUUCAAAUGUGGUGAUUGGUUGGAUGCCGUGGUGUGCAAGUGUGGUGAUUGUUGUGUUGCGGCUCUUGGAGUUGGGUAAUUGAUUGGGUCUUUUGGUGUUCAUGUUUGGGUAACUGAUCGUGUGCUAUGAUCUUCAACUUUGGACAGUUGCUUGUGUGCUGCGAUCUUCAAAUUUGGUGAUGGAUUUGGUGGGGAUUCGGUUUCAUGAUGCUACAACUUUGGGGCUGCAUCUUGUUUGGCAUUGGUGUUUUUGAUGUCGAAAUAGGUCAAAAAAUGGUGGUUGUCUAUCGUGAUCAAUUUUUCAGCCUUUUGUCCUUUUGUGUCUUAUUAAAAAAUGGUCGCAAGCAAAAAACAGCCCCCAACAAAGUCCAUCAGCACAAAUGUGGCUGUAAAAACAAUGUUUGAAUGGAUGAUUUCUCGUCAACAAUCUCAGGAUGUGCUCUGGGAGCUGACGAGAAGACCGGCCAGAUCGAUGUUUUCGACGACCAGCUAGAAGAUCCCAACAGCUCUUCAUCCACAUCGAUGUCGCAGGAGGGCAUCCCUUCACAUCACUUGAUGCCAGACCGACCGUAGCAGUGAAGACCUUGGAUGACUCAUUGCACCUUAGAGCAUUGACAGAGCUUGGAGAAGAGCGCGUGGCUGACCCAUUGCGUUUCUCGAGAGGUUUGAGGGACAUUCGCGCUCAGUUCCAUUCAGAAGAGCAGGGAGGAGUUAUGCAAGAAGAAAAAACUCAUGAACCAGUUCUAGAAGAACCUUUUAGUGAAGAACCGAGCCCAGAAGGAACUUUGAGUCAACCAGGCUAAGAACGCUAUGACGCAGUUGCGCAGACUGGAAAAAGUGGAGGAGGAGAUCAUGAAGAACAAACUGACGGACCGAGGAGACGUAUUAAUCGCUUGGUCGGGUGUUGUGUUUGUUGCUUGGCACUUCAUGCUGGAGACUCUUUCAAAAACAGCACGAGCUGACCUAUGCGCUUCCUGCAUGAAUGGCGGCUCCACCCGUGCAAAAAAAUAUUCACCGCUUGGUCGCCGUGAAGGGGAAAGUGAUGGUGACAUCAACAUCCUGAACAUCAUGGAGAAGAAGAACAUCUACUUCGGUCACAAGUUCGACGAGUGCAGCAACGCGCGGAUGCUUGUGACGGAGUUGAACGUCUUCGAUUGGUGGACAUGGGCCAUGGACGCUCAGGACAUGGAGGGAAAGGGGGGAAUUGAGAAAGCAGUCAAUGAGAUGGAAAAGGAGUCAGUGAGGCUGAAACCAUUCGAGAACGACAAGCGCACAGCAGAAGAGGAGCUCCAGCAAGAGGGAGAGCCUCCCUACUCGACAUGAACGGAGAUGACAUGGACAACAUGCAGGAACCCAAUGACACGAGAGCCGAAACUUUUGGCCAAGGUGGCUUAAGUUAAGACAAUCUUCUUACCGCCGAAGUCUGUUUCAAGACUUGAAUUUCAUGAUGGAAAAGCGCGGACACGUGUGAGAGUUGAUCACAUCCAAUCAUGACAUGUACA